AUGUGCAUUUUUCUCUUGCAGAAGCCAAAGAUGUUGACCAGAAAGAUUAAACUCUGGGACAUAAACGCCCACAUCACCUGCCGUCUGUGCAGCGGAUAUCUCAUUGACGCGACCACGGUGACUGAGUGUCUGCAUACGUUCUGCCGGAGCUGCCUGGUGAAGUACCUGGAGGAGAACAACACGUGCCCCACGUGCAGGAUUGUCAUCCACCAGAGCCACCCGCUGCAGUACAUCGGUCAUGACAGGACCAUGCAGGACAUCGUUUACAAACUGGUUCCAGGCCUCCAGGAAGCGGAAAUGAGAAAACAGAGGGAAUUCUACCACAAAUUGGGCAUGGAAGUGCCUGGAGACAUCAAGGGGGAGACUUGUUCUGCGAAGCAGCACCUGGACUCCCAUCGCAACGGUGAAACCAAAGCAGAUGACAGUUCGAACAAAGACGCGUCAGAGGACAAGCAGGAGGAAGACAGUGACUACCAUAGGAGUGACGAGCAGGUGAGCAUCUGUCUGGAGUGCAACAGCAGCAAGCUCCGGGGCCUGAAACGCAAGUGGAUCCGCUGCUCGGCCCAGGCCACCGUGCUGCACCUGAAGAAGUUCAUCGCCAAAAAGCUCAACCUGUCGUCCUUCAACGAGCUGGACAUUUUAUGCAACGAGGAGAUUCUGGGCAAGGAUCACACACUCAAGUUUGUGGUUGUCACGAGAUGGAGAUUCAAGUUUAGAAAUAGCGAUCCUGUCACGGGAUCGCUGUGAAACGCAGUUACUUUGAAAUCAUCAACCCUGGAGUCACCAGGCCUGGCUCUGACUCUCCCCAGCCCUGCUGGUCGAGGUGACCACCACCCUGCGGUGAGUGGGGAGCAAGUGGCCACCCUGGAGCCUGAGCACCUCUUUGUGAAGCAGGACACAGAUGGGUGGUACCCCAUCUUCAGGGCAGCCGCCCGGGGGUGGGGGUCACAGCCAGGGCUGACCACGGCCGGGCUCCUAGUGGGCAGUGUCCAGGGGGUAGGGCUCACCCCGGUCACCUGGGCCCCAGGGAAGGGCUCCUCUGGGCCCCGGUCCCCCACGGCACGUCCCAGCCGAUGGGCGUCCUCGUUGCGGUGUGUUGAGUCGGCCUGUCUUACAGAAGGCACCGCUGCUGCUGCACUACAGACCCAAGAUGGACUUGCUGUGAGUGGGCGGCACGCACAGACUUGGCCGCCUGAGCCCCAGCGUGUGGCCGGCGGGACCACGACCGCCACACUUAGGACGUUGCCUCUGGGUGUCCUGUGGACCAGAUUUCUGAAUAGAGAAUAUUUAUAACUUUUGUACACGAGAACUCACAUUCAACGAGACACUACCAGCAGCACGGCGGUGAUGCACGGCGGUGACAGCACCACGGUGACAGCACGGCGGUGACAGCACCACGGCGACGAGAUGCUGACACACUUCACGGUUCACGGAGCUGAGCAGCACUCCCCGCGUCCUCCCGUUUCCAGACCAGAGUGGCACGCACAGCCCCAGCGCGUUCCUUCCCACACGUGCCCUUUGCUCGCUUUCCAGGUCUUGCAAAUCUUGGCCGUUUCCGUUCAGUUUAUGAAUUAGGUUUCAUGGUAAGCCUCAAACACACUUGUAUGUUUAUUGAAUCCUUCCUAAGUUAUUGAAAAAGUAUCUUUUUAUGAAUGACGAUAUUUAUGUUGCGUUUAGUUUCCUGUAGACUCAGAAGUGUAAAAACCUAAUGUAAAAGCGUACCCAAAGCGGUGGCCGUGGACCCUGCACGGUGGCCGUGCUGCUAAGCGCCCCCCGCCAUGCGGCCCAGCGUCGCCGGCAGCUCCGGGCCCCCGUGAGCGGCCCGGGCCGAGCAGCCCCACGCCGGCUUGCAGCACAGUUCUGGUUCUUAUCAGUUACUUUGGUGAUUAGCUGAGGCACAAAUAGUGCAGUGCCACCACUCGCUGUGCUGCGUGUUCUCCCCAUUUUCAUUGUGUUGAAGAGACAUGCUGGCAAGUAGGGGCUUUUCCUGAGAAGGCGCGUCCAGCAGAGAAGGGGCUGCCGAGGACACCAGGUCCCCAGACACCCACCCUUAAUGGGGGCUGGCUCCUGUGCCCGAAGUGGCUUUUUCAGUUCCGUGAUGACCUAACAUGCCAGUCACAGGCACCACACAUUCUGUUAGCCCCGUUCUCCUCCCAAGUGUUAAUAUUUUUGUGGGAUUGGAGAAUGAACUCUGCGCCAGCACAUAAAAUAUUUGUCCCUUUAAAGGAGCAGCUUGGGACAUGCCAGGCAGGAAGGAGGAGAAGGAGCCCUUUCCCCGAGUGGCCGCGGCGCUGUCCUGGAGCUCUGUGGUCCCUUCUGCGUGUCCCCAUCCCUGGGUGACCCUGCAGCCAGCAGCCCCAUCCCCCACCUCUGCUUGUGGUCCGCGGGCUGGGUUUUCCAUGAAGUAUUUUACUUUAGUGACUAGAGUUUUUUCUGCAAUUUGCUUUAAAAGUUAUGGUUGGGCUCAUCGCCAUUCAGGUGUGUUUGUUUUCUUCUGCUUCCUGUUUCGUGUAUGUGAAUGUCAGAAGCAGCUACUCAUGAGACCUAAUCUUAGUGAUGACAGAAACAUUCAAAUUAAUCCAACCCAAGCGAUUGUAAUGUAAGGCCUUUUAAAGACCUCAAAACAAGUUGUUAGAAAUUGGUCAAAACUCACCUCUUGAUUUCGACCCCUUCACUCCCCGUUCUGUUUGGAUUGUCCAGUUACCUAAGCUCGCUGUUCACCCAAAUUGUUUUUCGUUACUACACAGGGUUUACCGAGUAGGUGUGUAUGAGUAAAUAUUACCUGUCUACCUCAAAACACACAUUACUGCUGAAGCACCCCGUAAAACACCAGUUAGCACAGCGCGGUCCUAAGUGUUACAUUAGGACUGAGGCACCUUCCUGUGCGGUGAAGUGAGCACCCAAAUUCAGACAGAGUCCGUCACGGCUCAGAGGCACCUGGCUGUGGCUGGAAUAAUCUCACGAUACAUAUUUGUAACUUUGUACUCUCUUUGAAAUCACUUGAAUUUGCUAUGGUGCUAAGUUGAUAUAUUUAAACAGACAGACAGAUGGAAGUAAGUCGGAGCCAGUGUCCACGUCACAGCUGGUUGCUGACCACUCUCGCGUGACCCCGCUUUUGUAAUCGUGUAACCUGAUGAAACCUCAGCAGCAAAAGUACCUAUUUUUCUAAGAUUUCCUUGAGCAGACUGUUCACCACAGGUCGAUUCCUGGUGACUUGCCUCUGGUCUGACUGCAGCCUCGUCACAGCGAGCCUGGUGUGGGGGACAGGGUGGGUGGGCCCCUUUCGGUAAUGUCGGAAGGCUGCGUUUCAUUCUUUCCAGAAUGAACGUCAGGAUCAGUGAGUGACUGGACCCUAUUAGGUGUUUUCUAACAGGUGGAGUUACCGUGGAGUUGUUGUCACAGCUGUUUGUGCUGGUGAAACAGGCUGUCCUGUCACCGUCGUCGCCGCAGCGCGUCCUCUCAGCAGCAGUGGGACCGCCACCCAGCGUUCAGUCUCACCAGUACGGUUUUCAUGAAAAUAGAAAAUUCAGAUAGAAUAUAUAAUAUUGAAUUUAAGAUUUGGGGGGUUAAGAAAGAAAACUUAACUUUAUAAAAUUAUUUAUUCUAUUUUAAGCCUUCUAUCCUAUUUUCCCAUCCAGUUUGGUUUCAGUGGUCCAGCUUUAUUUACAGGCAUAUAACAUAAAAUUGUGGGAUGUUUUGCAAGCUUCUUUUUACUUUGAGUCGUUUUGAUUUGUUGUCGUUCUCUGCGGAUGAAGAGCUUUGCUCACGCUUUUGUGCAAUAGGUCCCAGCGUGCGCUCGCUCGGCGCUGUUCACACGGCGACGGCGCCUCCUUGCGAGGAGUGUGGGUGGAAUCGCAAAGCCUGUACCUUCAGCCACGUGGUUUUUCCUUUCUCAUUGUUGUUAUUAUAAGAACACCGUUACUGGGCUGUGCGUGUGCCUAUAAGAGCACCUGGCAGCAACAUUUGGAAACAGUGACCCGGCAGGCAGCCGCGCGGCCGUGGCUCUCGGGCGCUGGACACGCAGAGGGCGGGGCUGCUUCCCGCGACCUCCCUGCAGCCUUUACACACCGUUUGGUUUUUCCUCAGAGCGCGGGCAUUUUCCAGUGAUUUAAAAUGUGUCGUUGGGUCGAAUGCCCUAAGAAUGAGCCAGCUGACCUUGACGCUGUAUGUGAACAUGUGACGUGUUCUCAGAACAUCGAAGAUAACGGGAGCGCAGACAGCAGGUCACAAACCCAGUCUCUGUUUGCUCAGGAAACCCCACACACUCCAGCAGUCGCCUGCGACCUCAGCCCGAUGCCCCAGGGUGCAUCUGCCUUGCUAGUUAAGUGACCUGAGCACAUUGGGAUAAGUAGAUGAGGAAACAUCAUUCAGACUACACCGCUGUCUUCAGACUGUCCCUGCCAGGCAGGGCGCAUGGCACGUGCCAGCCUGGGCACCCCUCCCUUGUCAGCGUCUGAGGGCACAUCUGAGGGAUGGACUGAAGUCUGCGUGUCCCCUAAAAUGUGCGUAGCGUUACUGUAAGUGUCUGUUCCAACAAGUUAGAAUUGGGAUUAAGAAAAUCGUGUUUUCCCAGACGGUGCAGGGUUUGAGAGAGCUCACCACCAGCCUGCCUGUCAUGCGUGGCACCAUGGCAGCUGUCGCGGGUUAUGGAGAUGACAAUGCAGAUACAUAUUUUUGACUGUUUAAUUUGAAAGUUUACAUUUUUUUAUGCUUUGUGUUGGUGUGUAAUUUUUGUACUAUUGGUGGCUAGUUUUUGUCUAAAAUCUUUUUUGGAAUAUUGCUUAAAUGUUUUGAUUUUAUGACAGUGAAGCUUGUAUUCAGUGUUUUGCCAAUUAAUAUUAUAUGCUUGUAAUAAAAGCAAGAGAAAAACUUAA